GCAGAGUCAGUUUGAUGGCAUCACUGACCCGUAAGCUCGUGUCGAAUGAACUUCAUUCCACCAUGUCUGCAACGCAUCCAGCCUUUUGACGAGGUAUGCUUCGUGUGCUUUUCCUCUUCCUCCUCUCUAUUUCAUAGCUAAUUCUUGAUGGACGAUGAUCGACCCGUCAUGAACAUGGUGGACUGCGAAGUCUUCGCCCCACUCUGCCAUCGGCGCUCUCAGAAAGCACUUUGCUCGCGCCGCUGGUCAACAGCUUUUCAGCAUGCAAACGACGAGAACAUCUCUACGCCAAAUUUUCGCGCACUGAUUCCGAUCACUGCAAACACAAAGGAUGAUGCAAACCAUCAAUGCGUUCGCCGCCAUCCUGCCCAGAACUGCUCCCGUGCUGGCCACAAAACGCGGCUAUCUGCACUCAUAGUGUACAAGACUGACAUCGCUGAGAUGUCGCGCAUGGAGCAGGAGUACCGUGCUCUAACUUGGGAUGUUUGUGCAUCCUGCCGAAGGGCAUUCGUGUGGUUUCUGACUGUCGCAGCACGGACGGGCAGCGGUUCGGCCUUAUCAUGGGAAGAGGUAUGCUAGGAUGGAGAUACUCGUGCGUUUUCCUUCGCGACCUGAUCUCACCUCACCAAUGCGCUCUGCCUUCGUGGUCACCGACAUCGCACUUCAUGAUUCCUACGCUACUCAUUUCACCUUCAUGGUCGGCCCUGCAAUAUUCCUCCUGCUUGGUAAUUCCUGGUACACUUCUCGAUAGCGGAUCGAGCAUGCGACGUCUGCUAUCAAUACGAAGACGUCGAGCCUGUUGAUUUUGCUCAACAUGUGGUCGGUUUCGCUAU